UAAACUCAUCAAUUAAGAGAUAAAGAAAUAAGAUUUUAGUUAUAUUAGAUAGUAUUUUGAAUGUUCAAUUAUUAUAUAUACUUGAGCAGAUAGAUUUAUUAUGGAUUUUGGAUAAGCUAUAUGGGAAUUAAUUUGUUAUCUAAACGAACUCAAAUAGAUUAGUAGAUACAUAUCCGAUCCAAAUUAACUAACUUGUGGAGAUAUAAUUUUAUCGUUCUAUAAAUAUGGGAGUAUUGAUCGAGUGAAUGAAUGAAUCGAUAUAUAUCUAGGCAGAUUUUGAUUAUUGAGAAUAGAAACGAGAAAAGUAAAGAUGGCGGUAGGGGUUAUGAGUGUGAGCGGCGGCGGAGGCAGAGGGAAGGAUUAUCCGGGAAAACUGACUUGGCGAGUGGUGGUGACAUGCUUGGUGGCGGCGAGCGGCGGACUGAUAUUCGGUUACGACAUCGGAAUCUCGGGCGGAGUAACGUCGAUGGCUCCAUUUCUGAACAAGUUCUUCCCACGAGUUUACCGGCGGGAGGAGCUGAACGGCGGCGGCACAAACCAAUACUGCAAGUUCGACGACGCCCUACUGACCCUGUUCACGUCGUCGCUGUAUCUGGCGGCGCUGGUGGCGUCGAUAUUGGCCUCUUUCAUCACGAGAAAGUACGGGAGAAAGGUGUCGAUGGUGUUGGGAGGGGCGGUAUUCUGCGGCGGAGCAGCCAUCAACGGCUUGGCAGCGAACGUGGCAAUGCUGAUCGUGGGCAGGAUCCUCCUGGGCAUUGGCAUCGGCUUCGCCAAUCAGUCAGCUCCGGUGUACCUCUGCGAGAUGGCUCCCGCCAAGCACCGCGGCAUGCUCAACAUGCUCUUCCAGCUCUUCAUCACCAUGGGGAUCCUCGCCGCCAACUUGAUCAACUACCUCACCGCGCAUAUGAGCAGCGGGGAAGGGUGGCGCGUGAGCCUGGGCUUGGCCGGUGUCCCCGGCCUCAUCUUCGUGGCGGGCUCCCUCUGCCUCUCCGACACGCCCAACUCCCUCAUCGAGCGCGGCAGGUCCGCCGAGGGCCUCGAGCAGCUGAGGAAGGUCCGCGGCGUGUGCUGCGUGGAGGAGGAGUUCAACGACAUCGUGGCGGCGAGCGAGGCCGCCCAGAAGGUGGAGAAGCCCUGGUCCAAUCUGCUGCAGCGCAGGUACCGCCCGCAGCUGGUGAUGGUGGUGCUCAUCCCCUUCUUCCAGCAGUUCACCGGCAUGAACGUCAUCAUGUUCUACGCCCCCGUCCUCUUCAAGACUAUCGGCUUCGGCAGCAACGCCUCCCUCGCCUCCGCCCUCAUAUCCGGCGGCGUCAACUUCUGCGCCACCUUCGUCUCCAUCUUCAGCGUCGACAGAGUCGGCAGGAGGACUCUGUUUCUCGAAGGCGGACUUCAGAUGCUGGUGUGUCAGAUCAUCGUCACCGUCUGCAUUGCCCUCAAAUUCGGAGUCAAUGGGAAUCCUGGCGAGCUGCCCACCUGGUACGCCGGCAUAGUCGUCGCCGCCAUAUGCGUCUACGUCGCAGCAUUCGCCUGGUCCUGGGGCCCGCUCGGCUGGCUGGUUCCCGGCGAGAUUCUGCCGCUCGAGAUUAGAUCGGCCGGCCAGAGUGUCAAUGUGUCCGUCAAUAUGAUUUUCACCUUCGUCAUCGCCCAAUGCUUCCUCAAAAUGCUCUGCGUCAUGAAAUUUGGUCUCUUCAUAUUCUUCUCCUUCUUCGUCUUGGCCAUGACUCUUUUUAUCUACUUUUUCUUCCCAGAGACUAAAGGGAUUCCCAUCGAAGAAAUUGCUUCUGUUUGGAACUGUCAUCCCUACUGGAAGAGAUUCGUCCACCAACACCACCGCAAAGACCAUGACAUGCCUUGAUUUGAUACAUCUACGUCUACCUAUCUUUCUUUGAGCAGUUAUCAUCACUAGCUAUCUUUCUAUAUAGGACCAUUUCUUUAGUUUUUUGGUUUAUGUUUCAUCGUCUUUCCAUCAAUUAUAAUAGU